CUGCCGCUGUGUGGCAUGAAUCGCCCUCCCUCCAUGUGAGUGGGCUGCAGGAGGAACCAGCUCCGUCAUCGUGCGCGCUGCGGAGAGAUGCGGCGGCGCACGGUGAAGCAUCAGCGGUGGAGGAGCUGAUGCGCAGUGACCGAGACACGGAGCAAACACCCAGGGCUGUGCUGGGCCUCUGAAUCCAGGCGAUGGGACGGAGCUGAAAGGCAUCGGACGGGUUGGUUGUGCAGCAGCGGCAGCGGAGGGGCUGGUGGUGGUGGUGCAGGCCGAGUGGACGGAUGAUCCUGAGCCCAGAGAAGGAUGCUCCAUCUCCAGGGAGGGUUGAACAGGCUCCUGUAAACAAUGAGGAGGCAGAGAGGAGGACUCUUCAUCCACAGCCUGAGGAGACACUGAGGUUGUUGUGUGACAGCUGAGUCAGUCCACAGUGACGAGAGGCUCUGAAGACGCCGUUACGGAGUAUCGUGGGGGGAAACCUCUCCUUAUUUUCAGCGCUGACAGCUCAACGUCUGACCUGAGCAUUUCUUCUCUUCAUCAGAGGAUCUGGAGCCGCUCCAGCUCCCUUUCACAAAACAACUGACUCUGAUUUACUUGUUUCUUGUCCAAAACCUCCAGUUGAGGUUGAACUGUUAAGGUACAAGAUUAAGUGGAGUCACUUAUCUCCUGCAACUAAGAAUUUUAUCUUGAGAGGAUUUCAGCUGUUUCAUGAUGCCCUCUGUGUUUUCGCAAAACCUUUUUACUGUUGCUCUGAAUCUAGAAUAGAUUCCUGAUAGUGGCAGCUUUUCCUCUCACCGAUGAGAAUUCGACCUGACGGGCUGAAUUUUAAUAAAGGAUAAGUGAGGACAAACUGAUACAACAUAGAUGAGGCCAACAACGAGCAUCAUGCUCCAGCAGAAUAACAACAACAACUACCCCUGUCUGAACGUGUCAGGCUCCACCCGGGAGAUGCUCCAGAAGUGCUCCAGAGCCUCCCUGCCCUUCCCCAGCCGCCUGGAACUGGGUCUGGGAGACCUGCCGCUGAUCAGGGGCCUCCGAGCUUGGGCCCUGUGCUCAAAGAACCGCUGCAAAGCUGGUGGUCUUCUGGGAGGAGGUCAGGCCCCCCUAGCUCCACUCACAGGCCACGGGGGCUCAACUGCCGGCCCCCGGCCUGCAGAUGUGCACCUGAGUGGGGAGUGGGGUCGUAUGGGGUAUGGUCUUCCCUUGGGGGUGGAUACCAGACAGGCUGGGAUUGGAGCUUUGGUAACGGUCGCCACUCUGAAGACCUCAGAGGGCAGUGGGAAGACGCAGACUCAGUGCCUCUUCCUGCGGACUGAGAAAGGAAGCUGUUUAUACUCAACCGCUAAACCUGGUUCUGGGAGUGCAAGCGGUGCAGUGGCCUCAAGCGGGGUCGGAGGAUGGCUGAGAGGGAAGACAGGAGUCGGAGGCAGUGACGCUCUAGCCGGGAGGAGGGACAAUGGGUCAAAUCUGCCGGCACAGACUGGAGCAAACCGGGUUAGAGUGCGUUCAGGCCGGAGAUGGAGGAAGUCUGGUAACGCAGCUGGCCAUGAGAAAAUGGGCGUGAGCAAAGAGAGGCAGCAGAGGAGCAGGGAAGGACCUGCAGGAGAAAGACAGGAAGAGCAAGACAAAGGAGGUCUGCACAGUGAACAGUUUCCCAGCAUGCAGCAGGAUGGCCGGAGAGCCAGGCAGGAGAAAGAGAGAGAGAAAGAGGGAGUUUGCAGAAGUCCUAGAUGCUGCCACAGUGUUUCUCCUAAAACUCAGAGUGGAAGGAUAGUGCAGAGAAGGGAGAGCCAGGAAGAGAGCAAGGGAGGUGAGAGUCCGAGGAGAGAAGAUGUGAGAGGAAUGAGGAAGGAGAAGCAAGAGGAGGAAGGAGGCCCCUGUGAGUUACAGUCCCUGGAUUCUGUUUUGGCUUUGGCAAACCCUGACCUAGAAUCUAACUGCCUUCACCCACAAUCCCCCAGUGGCUGUGAUGGUGAAGAGAUUAGAGAGGCCGACAGCAGUGAGGAGCCGAAGACGCAAACCACUCCCAGGAUGCACUGCUGUUCAGAGGAAGAGCAGGAUUCAAACUCUGAGAUUCUGAAAACACGUAACGAAAACAAUGAUAUCAUUCACGUCCAGUCUGGACUCAGCGGAGGUUUUAAUGACAGAGAACCAACUGAAAAUCCAUGUGAAGACAAAGUGGCUAAUGUAAAUGGAUUUCCUGAUUGUGCAGAAGCAGAUGAAGACAGGGAGAGAGCUGAAAGUAAAGAAGAGGAAAGGAGUGUCUGUCAGACUCCUCCUGAAUUCACAGUUGUCUCUGACUGCUACAAGGACGUCUCUAUCUACACCCGUCCUGUCUCCAUUAGUGCUGCAGUGUCCCCUGAGGCCUCUACUCCUGCAGAGGGCAGCAUCUGCCCUGCUGACCACCAGACUUGUUGGGUUGAAGGAGUACAAGAGAAGAGCCGAGCAGAGCACCCAGAGUGGCAUCAUGAAGGGGACUCAGGCAUUGUGGGUAAAGAAGAGCUGGAUGUUGAGUCUGAUGAGAAGAAGGCUGUGAAACCUCAGCUCUUCUGUAAACAUGAGGAAAACAGCAGCCAGGUGGAGGAGAGAGAAGCUUCAUAUUCCCUUCUCUGUCUCAAAUAUCCUUCCAUCUUUGAGAGUGAAACAGAAAACAGAUGCAACAGUCGGAGAAGUGAAAAUGAGCAGAGAGUGGAGCUGGAGUCAGAGGAGAAAAGAGAGGAGACGCUGAAUCCUGAGGAAGGUGAGGAGAUCAGGGGGAGGGAGCUGGACAUUAUCAGCAAUGAAGGUGAUGAUGAGCACACAAGGGAAGAGACAAGCGUUAGCGACGCACUGAUGGACAGUUAUAAAGAAGUGGAGAAGAACUGUGCAGCAGAAGAUGAGCAGAGGCGACAGGACUCUGCAGACGGAUCCAGAGGAUGGAGGAAAAACCAUGGAGACACCUGCAGCGUCACCCAUCCUGAGGAGAACCGCGAGAGCAGCACUGACCUCCCUAAUGUCGCCUGCUCUGAUCCCCCCACCUUUCUUGCAGCCUCCCCGGCUAAUCCUGACCCCUCUCUGCCCCCCCUGGGAUCCGUGGCAACCAGCCUACCCUGUCUGGAGGAGGAGGAGGUGCUCAGAGCGCCGGCCAGAGACGGAGUUCAGGAAGGGACGAGGCGGUGCAGGAGAGAGCUGGAGGAGGAGAGGGGUUCCACCGUGGCCACUGCAGACAGGAGGAAGGAGGAGGAGGAAGAUGAGUUUGGAGUGUUCAUGCAAGCGGACGGAGAGCUGGCCUGGAGCGAGGGGGUCACCAUGUCUGCCUCAGUGCCUUGUGGGAGCAGAGCGAGUGCUG